CACUGUCAACUCUUCUCCGCAUGCGUCGAACCAUAGAUUCAGGAUUACCGGGACUAAGGCGCGGCAGCAUGCCAAGAUAAAAAGAGAGGGAGAUAUAUUUUUAGCAAGUCAGAUGUCAAUAUGUUCUGUUUUUCCGUUCACAAGAUCUUAGGUGUAACUGAAAUAGGUAUACGUUAUUGGUGUUUUGGUCUCUGUCAGAGUAGAGUACGCAAUGAGUGGAAAGUGUAGCGAUUCGCUGAAGAAUUAUUUACACAUUCCUUUAUUUUCAGUGUGCAUGAAAUUCAUGAAUGGCGUGUGUCGCAACCUGUCGCCAGUUUUAUUGUAAAUUAUAAUAUUAAUGUUAGAAAAUGAUAGCUUUAAUUUACUACGUAAUCAAAGGUGAAACGCAUAGGUAGUAUUGCGAAAAGGCGGAAAAACCCGCAAAACAUCGACAAUAAAAACACUGGCCGCUUAGCCAUGUCGACCAGCCCAUUCCCAUACACCUGCGAGCUAUGCGGCGCGGAGGGCCUCACAGACGAGAUGAUGCGCUCCCACACUUUAGAGGCCCAUGUCGCAGGGCGUCCCUCCUGCCCCUUCUGUGACUGCUCUGUGCCCCCACCACAGCUACCGGGCCACGUGCAGAGAGCGCAUCUACACUACCUCACACCGGAGAGGGAGCUUAUGGCAUUCAUAGAUGAUCAGAGUCCAGGGUACGACGAAGACUCGAAGAUGACCACGACCGACAGCUGCAGCUACAAUACUCCUGGCUCCGUGAACGGCUGGCAUAGUCCUGAGUCUGCUUCAUUUCAUAAUGGUGCCAUCUCCAAGAACUAUCACAAUGGGUUUCAGGAGAAAGACUUCGAAGAUAGGCCCCCGAAAAAUAUCAACUUGACCAACGGCUUGAAAAACAUUAACACGAGCAACGGGGUUAUUCCAAAGAAGCUGAGUCGAGAAGGUUCCAGAGAACGGGAUAUGGUUAACGGGCAUGACAAGAAAAAUUCCAGUCCAAGCCACAAUUCAGGAAGUUAUGAAGGAUCACCAAACAAAAAUAAGUCGACAAUGGCAAGUGCUGGUCAAGGUUCCCCGCUGAGAUCACAAUUAGCAUUAAAACUGAAACCUAACACACCUAAAAAGUCGGUUCCCACUCCAAGCCCUACAGUUCAGUGCCUCCUCUGCGAUUUCACAACAACAUGCCCACAAAAGUUAGAAGAGCAUAUAAACCGCGCUCACUUCGACCUGACCUCUCCUUCUGUGAUGGGGAACGCAAACAGCAACACAGCGAACCCGACAUUAGGAAACCCGACGUUGACCCUGGACAAUCCUACGAACAACAUACUGGACAACCCGACGUUAGCUUACAGUGCGAUGGCGAUGUCACCAGGGCCUCAUAGCUCGACGUAUCAGUGCCCAAUCUGCGAGAGAGAGUUCACGAAUGGUUCAGAUGUGGAAAUGCAUGUUAAUGUUGAGCAUAGAGAUAUUUUGAGUCCACAGAAAGCAGAUCAGAUGGACAAUGCCUCCUGCGAUGAUGUAGUCAUGAUGGAAGAGAGUCCUGUGAGUAACUGCCCCGUCUGCUGCCAGCCACUGCCACUGUCUCAACAUGAACUGAUUCAACACAUAGAAGAACAUUUCGAGCGCGGCGAGGAGUGCGGCGCAGCGCUGAGCGCGGCCGAGCGAGAACAACAAAGAAACAGGGAAGAGCAUGAAUUUCAAAUGUUAAGGCAACAAUAUGGCAUGGAAGAGGAUGAGGAGGGUUACACAAACCGCGCCAGUAACAGCCUGAAGCGCGCCGUGUAUUCCGGAGCCCUGUCCGUAGCAGGAUACUACGAGAGGAGCGUAGGCCUCCGGCGUGCCUCGGCUUCAGGCCUCGACACCGGUUCUUCCAGAACCAGUGGAAUUUUGGAAAGGAUAACAGUCCUGAACGCCCAAAACCAGAGCAUCGUGAAGACCUACCUCUGCAGCGCCGUGGACCACUACGCGAGUACCUACGGCGACCGUGGCUGGGGCUGUGGCUAUAGGAAUAUGCAAAUGCUCCUCUCCUCCCUAAUGCGGAACCCCGAAUACAGCAAACUCCUCAACUGUAUGACAGAACAAGAUGGCGAAUGUGCGCCUUCAAUACCGCGGCUACAGCUUCUAGUAGAACGGGCGUGGCAGAUGGGCUUCGACACGCAGGGUUCGGAGCAGCUGGGCUGUAAGCUACAUAACACUCGCAAAUGGAUCGGGGCCUGCGAGGUAGUCACCGUACUCUCCUCGCUAAGGAUACGAUGUCAGCUGAUCGAUUUCCAUAAACCAACGAGUCCAGAAGGUGGCCACCCGGCGCUCUUCGACUGGGUGCUGCGAUACUUCACCGAAGACCCCAACGGGUUCAAAGCACCAAUAUACUUGCAGCAUCAAGGGCACUCUCGGACGAUAAUAGGCUUCGAGAAGCAUAGAGACGGCAAGGUGACGCUGCUGGUGCUCGACCCCUCACAUUCGCCUGCACAAGUACGGCAAGUACUUGUUGGCAGUAUGUGCGCCUGCGCGGCCGCGCUGCGACUGCUACGCCGUGGUUCUCCAGCGCUGCGCGCGCGCCAGUACCAGCUGCUGGCCGUGACCGGCGUGAUGCGGGACCAGCAGGAGUAUGAGGCCAGUAAAAUACUACAGUCAGUCCGCAUACCAUAGUGAAGGCAGCGUCGCUCCGUCAUUCUCAGCUCUAUGCAAGGCCACAUACAGUUCAUUUUCCGGUGUCUGCAGCUCAACACAUCUCUACGGACAUUUGGUAUGCUAUUUUUUACCAAAAAAGAAGUUGAUUUUAUUGUAUUAUGUGUAGUUUAAUUCAUUAUUAAUGCGAUUUUUUUUCGUAAUUUAACUUCUUGGAAUAAUUCAUAAUAAUAUCAUGUUCAUUAGUAAAUAUUUCACUAUUGAAUUUAAUUCACAUAAUACUACCUCAUAUUUAUUUCGUAUUUUUUUUAUUUCAAUUUUAUUUUAAAUAUUACAAUAUUUUCAUAAUCAACGACGCAUCGUAAUAAAAUAGUUAUAAAACAAUAAAAAUCACAAAAUGUCGGUCGGUUAGUAAUAAA